CUCAGCCAUACAGUCUCCGGAGGACUUAAUGUGAUUGGAUUUGGUCGAAGCACUUUUAUUGAUUUAUUCCCUCUGAGGACGGCUCUCCAAGGAAUAGUACGUCCCGGUACCGAGGUAGACCCUAGUCCUGGUACCGAGGUAGACCUUAGUCCUGGUACCGAGGUAGACCCUAGUCCUGGUACCGAGGUAGACCCUAGUCCUGGUACUGAGGUAGACCCUAGUCCUGGUACCGAGGUAGACCCUAGUCCUGGUACCGAGGUAGACCCUAGUCCUGGUACCGAGGUAGACCCUAGUCCUGGUACCGAGGUAGACCCUAGUCCUGGUACCGACGUAGACCCUAGUCCUGGUACCGACGUAAACCCUAGUCCUGGUACCGACGUAGACCCUAGUCCUGGUACCGACGUAGACCCUAGUCCUGGUACCGACGUAGACCCUAGUCCUGGUACCGUCGUAGACCUUAGUCCUGGUACCGAGGUAGACCCUAGUCCUGGUACCGAGGUAGACCCUAGUCCUGGUACCGACGUAGACCCUAGUCCUGGUACCGACGUAGACCCUAGUCCUGGUACCGUCGUAGACCCUAGUCCUGGUACCGACGUAGACCCUACGUCCUGGUACCGAGGUAGACCCCUCGUCCCG